AUGGCUUCACAACAGCAGGCCGGUAUAGGUCCGUGGCAUGUCAAAUACCCGGCUCCGGAGCGUCAGCCAGGAAGCAUGACGCGUGAGCAGCUCCUUGAGUUGAUGAGGCAGGUCGGCGGCGUGGCCGGUGCGGACUUUGUGCUCGUUGAUUUACGACGCAACGACUAUGAGGGCGGCACUAUCCGUGGCUCUAUCAAUCUGCCUGCCCAAAGUUUGUAUCCCUCAAUCCCAACGCUUUAUAGCAUGGUCAAGGCCAGGGGCCUGCGCAAGAUCAUUUGGUAUUGCUCCUCAUCACGCGGUCGCGGUCCGCGAGCUGCUGGCUGGUUUAGCGACUAUAUCUCCGACUGUGGUGAUAAUGAGAUGGAAAGCGUAGUCUUACAAGGGGGAAUCAAGGGCUGGGCCACGGCGGGCGACGAAUUUGUCGAGUGGAUGGACGAGUACGACCCUUGCUUUUGGUCUGCCAAAUGA